AUAUAAUCCUGACUCCUGAGCAGGCAGUGACGCGCAUUGUCUGGAAUAAACGUCAAUAAGCCACUUAGAAAUUCUUUCAUAUUUAAAUAUUUACUUAAUGUUGUAACAAUAUUAGUAAAUUAAUUUACUAACGAAGAAAUAGUUACCAUGACUUCGUUUGAAACACUAAGGAAAGACUACUGUAAAUAUGUACAACAAUGUUUCAAGAACUCAGAUGUAACGACAUUCCAAAAAAAAUGUGUUGAACAAUGUUCUAAUGAUAAAGACAGAAAAUUUGCGAUAGAUUUAGCUUUGCGAGAUGCACUCAUUAAUCUUUUAUCUAGUAAUGCAACUAAUAACACAAAAAUACAGGAAUCUUACAUUUCAUUUUGUAUUGAGCUUUGCCGCAAAGAUUUGGCAAGUACAAAUAUACCUGUUACACUAUUAAGUGAUAUAUUUGAUGGAAUGACUCUAGAUCGUUGCGAAGAGCUAUUUACAUAUGUUGAAAAUAAUGUGACUAAUUGGAAAGAAGAUCUAUUUUUUGGGGCCUGUAAAAACAAUUUACUCAGAAUGUGCAAUGAUCUUCUAAGACGUCUCUCUAGGUCUCAACAAACUGUGUUUUGUGGAAGGAUUCUUCUUUUCCUUGCUAAAUUCUUUCCAUUCUCUGAGAGAUCUGGACUCAAUAUUGUGAGUGAGUUCAAUUUGGAAAAUGUAACUGAAUUUGGAUCUGAAAAAUCAGAAGAAGAUGUAAUACAGCAAAUGGAAGUUGAUGGAGAGAAAACUGAUACGAAAAUUUCAAUUGACUACAAUUUAUAUAGAAAAUUUUGGGCUCUACAAGAUUUCUUUCGAAAUCCUAAUCAGUGUUACAUCAAAGUACAAUGGAAAGUUUUUUCAUCUCAUGCUUCUAAUGUUUUAUCAGCAUUUGCUUCUUUCAAACUAGAAGACCAGAAAGAUUGUUUGAUAGAUCAUUCUAAAUUUGAAGCUCUAUUGGAAGGAACAUUCAAAGAAACACAUUACUUUGCAAAAUAUUUAACUAAUGAAAAACUAUUAGAAUUGCAAUUGUCUGAUUCUAAUUUCCGUAGAUAUGUUUUAUUGCAAUUUUUAAUUCUGUUUCAAUAUUUAAAUAGUACUGUGAAGUUCAAAUCAGAUGUACAUGAAUUGAAAUCUGACCAGAUAGAAUGGGUCAAUACAAUAACAGCACAAGUAUAUACAUUACUUGCUGAAACUCCUCCUGACGGGGCUGCUUUUGCUGAAUCAGUCAAACACAUUUUAAAACGAGAAGAAUUUUGGAACAUUUGGAAAAAUGAUGGUUGUCCAGCUUUUAAAAGGCCAGCUCCUGAACCUAGCACAGAAGCAGACGAAACACGAAAACCAAAAAGACAAAAACGACGAAUUGGAGACAUGAUUCGCGAUGCUCAAGCUAUGGGAAAGUAUUACAUGGGAAACCCAGAAUUGACAAAACUUUGGAACUUAUGUCCAAAUAAUCUUGAAGCUUGUAAGUCCAAAGAUAGGGAUUUCUUACCAUCAUUAGAAACCUACUUUGAAGAAGCUAUAGAUCAAUUAGAUCCAGCUGCUGGAAUAGAAGAUGAAUAUAAAAAAGUUAAUGAUGGAAACUUUGGUUGGAGAGCACUUCGAUUAUUAGCAAAAAGAAGCCCACACUUUUUUGUUCAUGGGAACUAUCCUAUUACAAGAUUGCCAGAGUAUCUUGAGAUAAUGAUCAAGAAAAUUGCCAAAGAUAGACCAGUAAGUGUACUACAUCAAACUCAAGUUGAUUCUAAACAAGAGACUGGAGAUACACCACCAUCUGAACGAAUAGAACAAGAUUUUAACGAAGAAACACUUAAACAAGAUGCUGAUACAACAGAAGCUAAAUCUAAGAUAGCUAAUAGAAUAAGUCAUGAAUUAGUUGACAAGUUAGCUGAAGUUUUAAAAAAUGAUUGGCAAAAGCUCGCUACCAAAUUAGGAUACAGAAAUGACGAAAUUAAUUUUUUUGGUAAGAAACAAACGUCUUUGGAACAGUGCCGAGAAAUGUUGGUGAUUUGGACUGAAGAAGAUCCCGAUGCAUCAUUAGAAAAUUUGAAAUCGAUUUUAGAGGGUUUAAAUUUAAUUGAAGCUGUAGAAAUUCUCAACACUAACAAAUCUUAGAUUAUUUCUUACGUGUAAACGUAACAUAGGCAUUAACGUGUAAAAAAAUUGAAAUGACCAUUAAUAACUGAAUAAACUUUGAUACAUUUUCAUAUCCUUAAAAAUCUCAGUUUUUUUACUUGCUACCAUGUAAUAAAUAAUGAUGGGAUAUUAUUGAUUGGUUUAAAAUAGUUCCAGUUUAUUUCAAAGAAAACAUCCGAAAUUCUGUUAAGAAUAAAAGAAACAAUAGAAAAAAAUUGAUAUUAAACUAUUUUAACGUUCGUUUUGUUACAGCAAAUAUUCCA